AUGGUCAGGGGUUCUUAUCUUUUAAGAACUGUUCUGUCUUCCAAAAGACUCGCGAACUCAGGCCCCUUGAUACCGAAAAGCUCCCGGCACUUCAGCUUCACUUCCAGAAAUAAUAGCGAAGGGAACUUCCAAUCAUUCAAAAGCCAAUUAUAUGAGAGCACCCAGCAACGCCUAAAACGCGAACGCGCAGAGCAAGAGCGUUUCGCUCAAUACCAAAAUCAACCCUCCAGUGGACGUCAGGCUGCUUUACUAUUUGCUCUGGUGUUUUUCUCAGCAGGGUCAUAUUAUCUCGGGUCAUUAAAACCUGCCAGCCUACCCAAAUCUUCAACAACUCCCCUUGUGGAUGCGCAGCCCCCACAGCAUGACACGUCGGAAUCCAACCUCCAGGCAGCGUGGGCCGAUUUUGUGAGCAUUCUGGGCAAGGAGAAUGUGUCUACAGACAGAUUAGAUGUAGAUGCACAUGCUGGAUCUGACUGGUCAUCAUACUCUCGAAAAGACAGCGAGAAGCCGUUUCUUGUUGUAUAUCCCUCAACCACCGAAGAAGUCUCUCAGAUUAUGAAGGUCUGCCAUGAAAGACUUAUUCCAGUGACACCAUAUUCUGGUGGUACCAGUCUGGAAGGUCAUUUUGCUGCUACGAGAGGGGGUGUGUGUAUUGAUUUCAAUCGCAUGAAUAGGAUUCUGAAAAUUCACCAAGAGGAUUUGGAUGUUGUUGUGCAACCCGCCCUUGGAUGGGAGGAGUUGAAUGAGGAACUUGCAAAGGAUGGAUUGUUUUUCCCGCCUGAUCCAGGCCCCGGGGCUAUGAUCGGCGGUAUGGUCGGAACUGGCUGCUCAGGGACGAACGCUUACAGAUAUGGCACAAUGAGGGAAUGGGUGCUAUCACUGACAGUUGUUCUUGCAGACGGGACAAUCAUCAAGACGAGACAAAGGCCGCGGAAGUCGAGUGCUGGAUAUGAUCUUACAAAAGUUUUCAUUGGAAGUGAAGGGACUCUUGGCCUCGUGACUGAAGCAACGCUCAAGCUCACAGUCAAGCCAAAGAAUGAAAGUGUUGCUGUUGCUAGCUUUCUGACAGUUCAUGCUGCUGCCGAGUGCGUCACACGUGUGGUGAAAGAGGGUAUACCGGUCGCUGGUGUGGAAAUUUUAGAUGAUGUCCAAAUGAAAUGUAUCAAUGCCAGCAAAUCAACCAGCCGGGAAUGGAGUGAAGCACCCACGAUUUUCUUCAAAUUCACGGGAACACCAGUCGCGAUCAAGGAACAGAUCAAUAUGGUACAGGAAAUAGUCAAAAGCACAGCCGGUCGAUCAUUCGAAUUCGCUCGUGGUGAUGAGGAGGUGCGAGAGCUAUGGAGCGCUCGGAAAGCAGCUCUUUGGAGUGUGAUAGCGAUGAAGCGUAACCCAGAUGAUCAGGUCUGGACUACUGACGUCGCGGUUCCCAUCAGCAGGCUGCCCGACAUAAUCGAAGCAACAAAGCAGGACAUAUCCCAAAGCGGACUUAUUGCAGGUAUCUGUGGACACGUCGGGGAUGGCAAUUUCCACGCAAUAAUUUUAUUCAACGCAAAGGAGAAGAAGCUUGCUGAGGGUGUGGUUCAUAGAAUGGUGAAGCGAGCUGUUGAGAUGGAGGGUACCGUGACAGGUGAACAUGGCGUCGGCCUCGUCAAACGGGAUUAUAUAGAACAUGAGAUUGGAGAAUCUGCAGUGGAUGCUAUGCGACGAGUAAGUCAUCAAUCACCGCCAUUUAAUUGCGCACUUUCUGUGGUAUUCAAUGACUUACAUUUGAAAUUGGCGUUUGAUCCUCUUUGCCUUCUUAAUUGCGACAAGGUCGUACGGGUCGAGCAACGGGCACCAGGUGACGGGAAAGAGUGGUAG